AAGAUCGCAAAUAAAUAAUCAAAAGUUGAAUUUUUUUGGGGGAAAAUGUUUGGGGUUUUACUUCUGUUUGGUGUGAUCUGAAUUAUUGUUAUCGUUAACGAGGAGCUAUCAUCAAAAGCUCUCAGUUUUCGUAAUUUAGAAGGCUCCCCCAAUUUAAAAUUUUUAAUUUGUUUAAAAAUUUUAUUUGGUGGAAGAAGUUUCGAUUUUUAGAACCAUUUUUGAAACCAUAAAUAAGGCUUUCUGAUCCCAGGUUUUUUGUGUAAGUAAGAGAUCAACUUCACUUCGGUUUUGUCUGAUUCUUGAAAUUCUCAAUCAGGUUUUUGAGUUAAAACGCGAGAUCUGAGCAAUGGCGGCAAAUUCAUCAAAUGGGGAACAACAAACAACCUCAAAGCCACCACCUUUGCCAUCUCCAUUGCGCUUUUCCAAGUUCUUUCAGUCCAACAUGAGGAUUUUGGUUACUGGAGGAGCUGGUUUUAUUGGUUCUCACUUAGUGGACAAAUUGAUGGAAAAUGAGAAAAAUGAGGUGAUUGUUGUGGAUAACUACUUCACUGGAUCAAAGGACAAUCUUAGAAAGUGGAUUGGUCAUCCUAGAUUUGAGCUUAUUCGUCAUGAUGUUACUGAGCCAUUGUUGGUUGAGGUUGAUCAAAUUUACCACCUUGCAUGCCCAGCUUCUCCAAUUUUCUACAAAUACAAUCCUGUGAAGACAAUAAAGACAAAUGUCAUUGGUACGCUGAACAUGCUGGGACUUGCCAAGCGAGUGGGAGCAAGGAUCUUGCUCACGUCAACUUCAGAGGUAUAUGGAGAUCCUCUUAUCCAUCCACAACCUGAAUCAUACUGGGGUAAUGUUAACCCAAUCGGCCUCCUAUUUGUUGUAGGGGUUCGGAGCUGCUAUGAUGAAGGGAAGCGUGUGGCUGAGACCCUAAUGUUUGAUUACCAUAGGCAGCAUGGGAUAGAGAUACGCAUUGCUAGAAUCUUCAACACAUAUGGUCCACGCAUGAACAUCGAUGAUGGGCGUGUUGUCAGCAAUUUCAUAGCUCAAGCACUGCGUGGUGAACCACUGACAGUUCAAAAACCUGGCACACAAACUCGCAGUUUCUGUUAUGUCUCCGACAUGGUUGAUGGCCUUAUUCGUCUCAUGGAGGGGGAGAACACUGGUCCAAUUAACAUUGGGAACCCAGGUGAAUUUACCAUGCUUGAGCUUGCUGAAACAGUCAAGGAGCUCAUUAAUCCUGAUGUAGAGAUAAAGAUGGUGGAGAACACUCCAGAUGAUCCGAGACAGAGAAAACCUGACAUCACAAAGGCGAAAGAAUUGCUAGGAUGGGAGCCGAAAGUCAAGUUGCGGGAUGGUCUUCCAUUCAUGGAGGAGGAUUUCCGAUUGAGGCUAGGAGUCUCCAAAAAGAAGUGAAAAAACUAUUCAUGAAUUACGCAAGAGGGUGAAAUUUUCUAUGGCAGAUUCAAUGCUUGUGGUGGGUAACUGAGAAUAUAUUUCUCCAAUGCCUCAUCUUGUUCUUUAUUAUAUCGUAACAGAAAAUAAAACAUAACCACAGAAUGUGAGAAUUUGUGAAACUACUUUAAUUUUAGCAGUCCUUACAGAAACAUAGAUGAUCUUGUUACCGUGAAUUUUGUUUGCUACAGCAAUUAAUAAACUAUGGUGAUUAUCUGUUCUACUU